GGUUAUGAUGAGCUUGAUCAGAGGAAAGGUUAUGAUGAGCAUCUAUUUGAGUCGAUUAUUUCCAAGAUCUAAUUCCAGUUUUUUCUUAUGUAGGGGAAACGCCUUACAAUCUGAAGUUUUACGCUUAAGGGAAGAAAUGUUCUUGGUGGAUGCAGGACUUGGGACUCCCAGAAUUUGUAUGCAAGAUGAGCCUACAGGAGUGCCAAUCAACCGAGCCACCAGGUUUGAGAAUAGGGUGGGAUUCCGGGAUCUAGUGGCCGGUGAAUCACUGAUCAAAGAGCAGAUUUUGGAGAGAUUCUUCAUCGAUCUAGUGGCUGGUGAAUCACUGAUCAAAGAGCGAGCAGCCGCCAGGUUUAAUGAUUUGGUGGGAUCUACAGAUGUAGUGGCUGGUGAACCGCUUCUUCUUCUUCCACGAAGAUUCAGACAAAACCGACCUUGGAUGGAACUGAACAAGAUUUGGUGAAUGAAUACAAAGGUCAAAGGCUUUAUUAUUGAGAAAGUAAAAGGAGGUUAUUCAGUAGCCAUCACAGGUUUCAUUACUUUUCUUCCAUUCCGUCGCAGAAGGAAAAGGAUAUCGAAUGAUCGAUUCACCAUUGAGAACAUUAACCCCAAAAAGACUAAUAUUGUGGUGUGGAUCUCUCUAUGAAUGGAAAAGGGGUGCUUCGGAUCGGGAG